ACUUCCCCCCCCCCCUCGGGUUGUGGGGCUGCCCCACACGUGGGCGCAGCGCCCCAUAAAAGCCCCGUGUGGUUGUGGGGGGGGGGAGCUGCCAUGGACCCCCCGUGUUGGGACUGUGGGACCAGAACCGACACAACCAGAACCGGGACCAGAACCGGCACCAAUGGGACCAGAACCGGGACUGGAACCGGCACCAAUGGGACCAGAACCGGGACUGGAACCGGGACUGGAACCGAGACUGGAACCAGCACCAAUGGGACCAGAACCGGGACUGGAACCAGCACCAAUGGGACCAGAACCGGGACUGGAACCGGGACCGGGACCAGCACCAAUGGGACCAGAACCGGCACCGAUGGGACCAGAACCGGGACCAGAACCGGGACUGGAACUGAGACUGGAACCAGCACCAAUGGGACCAGAACCGGGACUGGAACCGGGACCGGAACCAGCACCGGGACCUGGACCAGAACCGGGACCAAAACCGGGACCGGAACCGGGACUGGAACUGGGACCACUGGGACCAGAACUGGAACCGGGACCGGGACCAAAACUGGGACCAGAACCGGCACCAAUGGGACCAGAACCGGGACCGGAACCGGGACUGGAACCAGCACCGGGACCUGGACCAGAACCGGGACCAGAACCGAGACCAGAACCGGGACCAUUGGGACCAGAACCGGGACCAGAACCGGGACUGGAGCCAGCACCAGAACCGAGACCAGAACCGGGACCACCAGUACCAGGACCUGGACCAGAACCGGGACCAGAACCGGGAUCAGAAGCUCCAUCUCUGCCCUGUUGCUGCUGCUGCUGCUGCCCCACAUGGAUGCGCUGCCAUGGGGAGAGGACCCCUCAGCGUCGCUCAGGAUUGACGUCACCCGGUGA